UGGAUGAGCUCGUGGACGAACGGGGAAUGUUCAUCACUGACAUCCCACACAUUUUCUUUGGAAUUGCUCUAGGGUACCGUUCACAGUGCAAGCCAACAUGUCUGCCUCGGAGGACGUCCGCCUGCCUGAAUCUGAGAUCCUGGCGCAAAUGAGCACGCUCAUAAUUGCCGCAAUGGACACGACCUCGGCCGCGCUUUCACGCAUUCUCUACCUACUCUCUCAGAAUACCGAUGUGCAGGACAAGCUCCGUGCCGAACUGACGCGUGCGCGUGAGGAGAGCAGAGGCCCUAUUGGCGAGAUGGACUACAGCCAGCUGUAGGCGUUGCCGUACUUGGACGCGGUGUGCCGCGAGUCGCUCCGGGUAUCCUCCCGUGGGCUUCGUCACGCACACCGCGCGUAAAGACGUGAUGCUCCCGCUCGGCACACUCAUUACAGGUGAUAAUGGGCCGCCUAUCUUGGAGGUCUUCAUCCCACGCGACACAGACGUGAUAUGCAACAUCAUCGGUGUCAACCGCAACCCGGCCAUCUGGGGGCCCGAGGCCACGACUUGGCGCCCCGAGCGCUGGCUCGAGCCGCUCCCGCCUAGCGGGUCGGACGCGCGCGUGCCCGGGGUGUAUUCUAACAUGAUGACGUUCGUGGGAGGUGCGCGCGCCUGCAUCGGGUUCAAAUUCUCUGAGCUCGAAAUGUAGGUCGUGCUGGCCAUGCUCCUGCCGCUGGUUAAGUUCGCACCGUCGAGCAAGUACGUCGUCUAGAACAUCAGAACCAUCUCGACGCCCAGACUGCCAGGGACGAACAUGCCGACG